GUCUGUAGAAUACUUGAGUUCACUGAGCCGCAGGACGAACACGCCCUCAUUAAUCACGUGUUCAAGACUAUUCAUCUUCACGGACAAGACGCGUGCCGAGUAGCAUGUUACCUUGACAACAACUGCUUGUCUUACAACUUUGGCCGACACGAUCCCGAUGGAGAUUUCGUUUGCCAAUUAAGCGACUCUGACCACAUGCAACAUCCUGGUGACCUGAAAAAGAGAAGGGGUUAUAUUUACAGAGGAACCAAGGUACAUUAAACUGUCUUAAAAUUAGCUGCCUUCGCACGCCAACCGAAAAAAACAGUGAUUUUGAUUACAAAUGGCCUAAGACACACUAUUCUUUGUUAAAUUGGUCUGAAUUAGUGGCUGUCUUUGCAGACGAACCCCCGCUAUUGGCUGGUGAUUCAGGGCCAGCAACGUCCAGUGCCGGCUCAAAGUUGCUUCUAUAGUAAAGAGCGCUAAGGAAUGCAGCUAGAAAAAGCUAGGUGUCUAAGGGACCUUUGAGAAAAUUUAAAAGGGAUCGUUAGGGCACGUGUUCUCUUUGACUCUAUUUCCCUUAUUCACAAUUGGGUAGUGGGUUCGCUUGCUUGUAAUUCUUGAAGAAAAUAAGUUAACCGAUUGAGUCAUUGAGGUUGAGUCUCAAUACCUUAUGAUGAACUCUAAAAGAAGAAAUAGCAAAACGUAUCUUACUGAAAAAAAGAAUUACAUAUAAACUGAAUUAUACUUUAUGAAACCAUUAUCUUGUAAAGAUGUCGACCGUUUUUUUUUUACACGUUUCAACAAAAUUUGCCUAGCUUCUGAAGAAAAUUGGUUCUCUGAUCAUUUAGAUUACUCUAAGCUUACUUUUCUUGAUUUGGGCGUCUUCUCACAAACUUAAAUUACUGAGAGGACUUUCUCCCACUAAUAUUACAUUUCUGCAGAAUGCCUGCGCUAAGAAUCAUUGCUCCCAACAUGGCAAGUGCAAGAUUGAACCCAAAGAUAACACCUACUACUGCAAAUGUGACCACGGCUUUGUAGGAAAGUAUUGCGAUGAAGGUAUAUCAAAAUAAAAUGUUUGUUACGUUUGCCUCUUCCCACCUCCAAAAGAUACGUUUCUCAAGGAAUCUGACGAUUAAUGUUAAGGACAUGAUUGGAAAAAAGAAAAAAAAUGAUACUGAGCUCUUCAUGACCAAACGACAGCCAAAAGGUUACCCCAACCGUCCCCUACGAGGGAAGCAACCUUCCCCUAGUGAUUAUGUUUAUGUGCUAUGGUACUUAUUGUGAUGUGCUCUGCAAGAUGAUGAAAAAAUAUAUAUAUACACAAGUACUAUGGUACAUAACAUUGGAGCUACAGUGUACAGUAGAAGCUAUGGCCUUACUUGGCUUUUUGCAAUAGUUUAUUGCCUUAUCAACGUUCUGUUAACACGGAAAAACUAUUUUGCUAGUCACUUUAAAACGGCCACCAAAACGCAUUUUGCGGAGUGGGAAAAGCAAUUCUUGCCACCCAGUGAUGCGGUUGAAUUGUUUUCUAUGACAGCCAGUUGCGUCUUUAGAUGUAUUUUUAACUGCGAAGAUAUUCUUUUCAUUUAAUUCUUCAUUCCAACAUAUAAAAUUCAUAUACUUAUUAUUUGAUAAAAAUUCAGUUGUAAAUUUUGAAAGUUUCAAACUGCCUCGUAAAAUCAUUCCCCUACGCAUUUCGGGGCUCAAAUUUUCUUUUCUUUAUAACAGAAGAUUUCAGCUCCCGAAGUCAGUUCCAAUUUACAUUUAAAUCAUAAAAAGGUCAACUCAUAAUUAAUCAAUAGUUAAAUUGAUAUAUUUUACAGUAUCGUGGAUCAAGGUGAACACCAUGCCGGUGUGUUUUGGAACACGAGAUGACAAAUACGGCAGCUUCAAUAUCAUUCAAGCUGGCGAAAUUUUGGGUUUGAAGCUGACUCAUCUCUUUGGCACACUCGUUUGCUUUAAUGGAAGUCCUCCCUCUUUUUGGGGUUGUCAAAGUGAACUUUAUGGUGACAAGACACUGAUGACAUAUAUUUCACACGCCAACGAACGAAGAGAAAUUCUACCAAGGAAAGCCCAAGUCGAAGUGGGAGGUCCAUGGCGAUCAGAUGGAAAAUGCCAGCACGAAAUAUAUACCUACAAGAUCAGUGGUGUCAAUGACACUUCGCCUGAAAUCAUAUUCGAUACGACCUCUGAACCAUUACGCGUGUCACACGAUCAGCAGUUCUGGAUCUGGUUUGGACAGGACAUUGCUGAUUGUAGCGAGGAAAACAAUGAAGGCAAAAGCUGUGUUGACGUGUAUGGCUGGUAUAACUAG